AUGGGACUUGGCAUUCGAGAGCAGCGCAUGCGCGGUGGCGUGUGUGGUGGGCCCCUGCUGUUGCCUGGCAUCGGAAACGCGCCUGGCAACCAAAUCGCGACACGGCCGCUCCGCAGGGGCACAUGCGCGGUGGGGCGGUUUACGGCACUCCUGCUGUUGCCUGGCAAUCAGAACGCGCAAGCAAUACGCUGUACGGCAGCUGGGGAGGCGCGCAUGCGCAGUGCGCCUUUUACGGCGCUCGACGCGGUUGCCUGGCAACCAAAGCGCGACACGACCUCUCCAAAAAUGCGCAUGGGCGCAACCACAGCGCGACGCGGCGUCUCAGCAACUGCGCAUGCGCGGCGGCGCGCUUUACGGCGCUCCUGCUGUUGCCUGGCAACCAAAACGCGGUACUGGCGUUCGGGAGCCGCGCAUGCGCGGUGGCGCGUUUCGGCCGCCCUCCUGCUGUUGCCUGGCAACCACGACGCCGUGCAGCUGCUCGGGAGCCGCGCAUGCGCGGUGGCGGCACGUUUCGCCAGCGCUCUCUUCCGCCGCCUAUUGACCAAAGUUCGGUACUGCAGCUGGGAGCCGCGCAUGCGCGCUGGCGCGCCGCGCCAAGCCGUCGCAGCUGCCGCCCUGCGACCAAUGUUCCGUACUGCAGCUCGGAGGCUGCGAGUGCGCGGGGCUGCCCCUGUCCUGCACGUGCCGUCCGACGGUAACGGCAAUGCGGCACCGGCGGGAGGUGCCGCCGCGCUCGUUGCUUCCUCCCGGGGGAGGAGGACAGCCGUGCAGCCGGAGUUACAGCAGAGGAGGGGAGCGGGAGAGGAGCAGAAAGAAGCGUCUGAACUGGCAAAUUCUCCUGGCAGCACCAAGAACAAGAGCUGUGGACUGGUGUUUGUCAAGGAUUAAGCCUGUCAGAGACUGGUA